UACGUUGCUGAAAUGGACGAAUCUGACUCCCCAACUAAAUUGUCUCCUUUAUAUAAAGAUAUUCGGAAAAUACGUAAGAAAUUACGACAGAUUGAAUCACUAGAACUACUAGAUAGGGAUCUCAAUGAAGAAGAGCAAAUUAAAGUGAGUAGGCUAAGCAAACAGACUAGGCAUAAGGCUGGUCAUACCGUCAGCUGUUUCUCGUCUGUCGCUUGGCAGUUCAAACAUAGCAGAAAGAAAGCCAAAAGUAUUGUGAAUGUGAAAUCAGAAACUUCAGAUAAUACAAAUCAUGAUACAGGAAGAAAAGAAAAGGUUACCUCCUUGAAUACUACCGUAUCACCUGCUGAUAACUUGGAGAUAUCAUCAGCAUUACACGGAAAAGACUCAACUAAAAAGAAACAUACUCAAGAAAAUGUUCACAGCGGAGCAAGUGAAGUGCAAGAGAAUUCUUCAUCCAUCAGGGUAAAAGGAAAUGCUAACCAAGUUAGCCAAAAAUGUUUAACAGGGCCAGUAAAAGAGAAGUCACUAUGGAGAGAUAGCAGCUACGAAGUGUAUACCUUAGAAGGCCACAAUGAUAUCAUACUCUCUGUGGACUGUACUGAUGAAUUCAUCAUCUCUGCUAGCCGAGACACAACUGUGAAAGUGUGGCGAAUCUCUAAGACCAAAGAAGAGCGAAGUUUGAGAGGGCACACAGCAUCAGUUACAGCUGUGGCAUUCCUGCCUGCAGAAUUAGCGUACUCUUUGUUGAGAAAAUUUGAGUAUGAUCCAGAGAACUGCAGAGUUUUGGCUGUUUCAGGGAGCUUAGAUUGCACUUUGAGAGUGUGGGACAUUACCACAGGUGAAAGUUUUGGCUCAAUAUACACGUACAAUGGUAUUACUGUGAUGCAGUGUGCAAACUGGGGUACUGUUACUGGAACAGAAGGAGGAAAACUCGAAGUGUGGUGCCUUAUUAAGGGAAACCGUCACACUUUCGUCAAUGCGUUCCAGUGCCAAGUCGCAGCGCUAUAUAUUGAAAAUGAUCAAAUUUAUGCAGGAAGUGCAGAAGGAGAUAUAGGCAUCUGGCAAUAUAACGUAUUGUCCCGGACUCUGAGCUCUGUUUUUUUCAUGGAAUUAGAAUCUCAGGCUUAUGUUCCUCUUAAAUGUCUCUCCACUCUAAUUGGUAUUGGAGGGGUGCUGUUUUUGGGUGACAAUGGACCAAAUAUUAAAAUUUUGGACUGGAAAAAAGGUAGUGUUACUCGCCUACGUAACCAUAGAGGAGAUAUUGGGAUGACCGAUAGCAUAGCAGUAGCAGCAGAUGGACACUUACUCUCAUCAUCUUACUGUAUUGAUACUGGACACUCUUCCAUAAAUGUGAGGAACGCAGCAACAGGAAAUUACAUUUGCUCUCUUGUAGAUACAGAUGAAGGCCGUUACCUGGCUAUGAGCUGUUCUCCUGGGAUUAUAGUAACUGGAGGACACCUCCUGAAAGUGUGGAUACACGGAGAGAGGAGGAGUGGGCAGAAGACUCAUGGAAGGGAAGUUAUUACUCCUAAAUUUUAUCAGAAACUCUCUGCCAAGGCAGCAGACUCAGCUUCAGAAGAUGAUACAGACUGGGCAUCAUCUAGUGAUGAAGACAGGGACCUUGAUGAGGAUACUUCAAAGACUGCAUCAAGUGAUGCCUCCCAGCCUGCAAGUAGUUGGUGGUGCAGUAUUUUGUAAUUUUCAGGUAGUAUUAUUGUAUAUUUUCAUCACCACUUUCUCUACAUGUUAAUAUUUUCUUCAUGUCAGAAGAUAUUCUGUUUUAUGAGACAUGUAACUAAUUUUCAAGGAAAGUACAGUAUAUAUAUGCAAAUGAAGGAUUAACACAACUACAUGCUCCAUUAUAGGUUGCAAUUUAUCAGAUAUUCCUAAAAAUUAUUAAAAUCUUUUCAAAAUAUAAAUGUCUUAGGUGUUUAACAGUUGUGUUUACCCCGAGUCCUUGACUUCAUGUACUUUAAUCUUUACUACUUGCUCAAGCUAACCUUCCAGUUAUGGUUGCCUGAACAAGUAAAGAAACAUUUGAGCAGUAUGUACAGUAUAAUAAUUUCUAGAACAAAUUUAUAAAGAAAUGUUUUCAUAAUAUAUAUACACAAGGGACUCAAGUAACCUUUUCAUGGUAAAGCAAUUAAGACCCAGAUGUGAAUUUUAGAGACUAACAAAAAUUGAGUAUGCACCAGACAGGGCUACAGUAAAUAAAAGCUAAAUGUAAUAUAAAACCCUCAACAAAUAUGCAUUUUGACAUUCUUUUAGCUACAGUGGCACAAACAGAUUCAUGGCCUUUUUCAUCAAACUAUGUAUACAACAAAAUUCUCAAGCCAAUCUUUCAGCCAGCAUUUAAUAUACUAUUGGGAAUCUGUUUUGCUGUAACCCCACUAUUCAUGUAUGCCCACUUUUGCAGUCUUCAGUUGUCCUCAAGAAAACUUAACAGUCUUUUGUCUAGCAGUAGUACAGUAGACCCCAUAUUCAUGGGGGAUCGGUACCAGACCACCCCAUGAAUAGCUAAAAUCCACAUAUACAUACAACUCCUCUAAAAAUGCUUAUAGUACCUGAUCAUUUUAAUAGUUUUAUGACAAAAAGUGCAUUUAGUCACAAAAAUUAUGUGAAAAAUACAGUAAUUUGUGAAUAUUUCUUAGUGAAAAAUACUGUGAAUAGGCAAAUUUUUCAUGAAUAAUGUGAAUACACAGUCCACAGGAAAAUCUGCGAAUAGGCUUGUCUGCGAAUCAUGAGUCUGCGAAUAGUGGGGGUCGAUUGCAUGUCCCACCUUUCCAUAAAUCUGUGUAGUGUGGUCCUCAGUGCUAGGUUGCCACUAUAUUCAUAUUCCUUUUUAGUUCCUGCUUCAUUGCUGUCAAACACCUCUACCUGUUACUUUUCAGAUUAACACUGGGGCUUUCUCCUAGUUCCAUCUUUGGAUCCAAAUACUUCAUUUCCCAUAUUUUCUGGAUCCCUGUCUUGCUGUCCAAUCAACCUGACUCUCUCUUUUCACUGUCGUAAUACUGAUUGGCCAAAAGUGCCUCAGUACUUGGCUUGACAACCUAAAGCUUGUAAGUCAGGUUAAAUUCCUUUCCAGUCCUCUCCUCAUUCUCUUAGAAAGUAAAACAAAUAUGAUUUCUACACUUUAUCAGGUACUUAUCCAUCCCCAGUGCUUACCUCUGACCUCAAGGUGUAGAUAACUGUGGUAGUUGAGACCUAAUUAUCCUGGGAACAGGUAUUUCAGCAUGUUUUUCAUUGAUUUAUGUUUAUUUUUAUUUGCCUGAAUUUUGCAAUUUUCUGUUUUGUUGCCAAAGGUGAUGAGAGGAUGGCAGCUGAUAAUCAACCUUAGUCCCUUAAACAAGCUAAUACAGCAGACUUCCUUCAGGGUGGAAAUAGUGGCUUUAAUGUGGUGAUUUAACAAGAUGGGGAAGUUCCUUGCAUCCCUAGCACUUGAGAAUGCAUGCUUCCAUGUCCCAGUGCGUCUUGUUUUGAGGAAAGACCCUUUGUUUGAGCAGGGAAGGUAUUUCAGAUGAGAGUCCUGUGUUUCUGCAUAAAAAGUACCCUGCUGGUCCUUUGAUCACUGGAGAUUCUGACAUUCACAGACAUGUUGAGUUGAGGCUGGGGAUAAAACCUACUAGAUCACUGGGUGAUUUCUUAGGAAAUGAGACACAGCUUCCUUGAAUUGAAGGCUGUUGUUAUAGUAGACCUCCAAAUAUUUCCUUAGCUCUACAUGAAAGGUUGUAGGUGAGGUGAUUAUCAACUCUAAAACAGUAGCUUACUUGAAGAUUAGGGGUGACACUAGAUCCGAGACACAAAAUCAGAUGAUAGUGGACAUCGAUUAUAGUACCCAAGUCAGUUCCAGUGGAGCAGUUUCCUUCAUAAAAGAAUGUUUGCUGCAUCCAGAUAUCCAAGACUGCAAUAAGCUGCAGUUGCAGCCUACCAGGAUACAUUCCAGGCCAGUUGAACCUAGCAGCCUAGCAAGUAGUUGCAAUAUUACAUCCCUUGGACAAUCUGGAUGAGUAUGCCUUCUCACCAGUAGAUUCAAGCAGGCUCUAGAAAAGUUCCAGAUGUCUAGGAAUGUGAAAAUGACAUUGAUUGCUCCUAUUUUGUUGAAGCAGAAUUGGUUUGCAUGGGUAGUACAACUAUUACUAAUCAUGUUGACGAGUCUAGUAUUAAAAAAAUCACAAAUGUGAGGAUCUAUGAGUGAGGGGUUAAAAAAAAAAACACACACACACACACGAAUGUGAGCAUAUAUGAGUGAUGGGUUUUUAUGGAAAAACUAAUUUUGUACUUUUAUAAAAAUUUAGUUUUCAUGUAUUACAGAAGGUAGAGGAACAGGUCAUCCUGCAUAGUAAUUUAUUUCAGAGUAGUACCGUAUUUGUCCAUCUAUGUGUGUUUAUCAGGUCAUGUGGAUUUUUUUUGUAACAAUUACUCAAUAAGGGUUAAUAUGUACUUUAUCAAAGUUUGAAGCCAUUGCAAAAGUAUAAUAACUAUUUACUGAUAUGUGCCUUAAUUUAAUUAAGUAUUUUACUUUAACUAUACAGUAGAAUUGUCACUAUAAUUGACACCUUGGAAUUACUUCUCUGGCUCAGAAGUGGUAGAUAAUUAUUGUUCGGAAGUACAAGUAUGUUUUUUAAAUAAAGAAACCUCUUUUUGGCCUUUCUGAACAUAAAAUUUGUAAACCAUGUUAUUUAAAAUGGCUGUACUUGAAGCCAGCAAAAUUUUUUGUCCAACAGUAGCUUCAAGUAACAAAAAUUCUUGCUGGAAGUAUUGGUGCUGAUGACUGGUGUUUGUCUUUCACUUGUGAAUGUCUGAAAUUGACUGGUUUGGUAUAGUGCACUCAACACAGACAUUAGCCUAACUAACACAGUUUUAAAUAAGUUAAAAGCAGUUACUUUAGCCAUUGCAUGGUUGCACAUAUAUCCAUGAAGCCAUGGUAUUUCUUUCUCUAAUAAUGAUUAUAGUAAAUAACACAAAUUUAUGCACUUUAGUGUGGUUUUGCAGUGUUGGGCAUUCAGACUAAGCUGUAAUAGUCUGGUAUCAAUAACGUUCUAGUGCUGAUAUACUGUAGAUGUUUUUUAAGAAUGUAUUUGUAGUUUAAUUGACUUAUCAUUUGUAAAUUCAGUUGCCUCUCUAUUCACAUUUUUUUGCAUUUUUUAAUUUUUACUUCUAUGACGGAAUAUAUA